CGACAUGGCAAGGCGAAGAAGGAAAGGAACAGCAUCCCCGUUCCGUCCCAUCCCAUCCAUACCCCUUCGAAUCAGGAAGAGACAGAGACACACAGAGAGCCACAGAGAAAGACCAUGACGGAGAAACGUCGAAUUGCCGACAUAGCAGGGGUAUCCGUACCUGGAUUGUACCCACACCCUGGACAAUUCCGCAGUUCCCACAGUUGCAGAACAUUGAUCCACCGAUCCAUUCAACCCAGCGCUGCCAAUCCAAUCCCGUCCCGUCUUCUUCUUCAUCGAUCCCAGCCAAUGACGGCUCGGAUAUUCGUUGACAUGCAUUGGCAGGCCAAAGGUGGGCUAGCUAGUCUGCAAGGGAUCCGCAAAAUUGCCGUGUUUGUCGUGUGUCGAAAAUUCCCGCCCACACGGCUGCUGCACCGAGACUGCGGGACUUUUUCUCCCAAAGCACCGAAGGUUGGAUGGGAUUUUCCAGGUUCGUCUGGCAAGCGCAAUAGCAUCGCUUUAUGCAGCGACAGGACGACUGCAGAACACUCGAAAAAGGAAAGACGGGCAGUAGAACACGGCACCGAGAGCGAGUCCAGCUAG